GCCUGAGGUGGCCGCUCGCUUCUGUGUGGCGGCGGCCGGGGAGGGGCCGCGCCAGGAAUCUACAAUUAAGAGAUUGACUAGAGCUGGGCAUGGUGGUACGGCAGAGGCAGAUGGAUCUCUGAGUUGAAGGCCAGCCUGGUCUACUAUUCAAGAAAUGAAAAAAAAAAAAAAUUGGGCAGCUUUAAACAUGAGCUUAUUUGGGGUUUUAAGUGCAUUUCAACUUGAAUUUAUGAGGCUAUAACCCCAUUCAUCAUGGAACAUCAGGACUUUAAAUGAAGAGUCCAGAAAAGAUGGAUACAAAAUAUGGAAAGUCCAGACAGGAAAAGACAGAAAGUUUUAAAGGCCAAAAAAACAAUGCCUACAAGUUGCCGGAAGCAGUUGGAGAUCCUGAACAAGUCAAAGAAUCUUGAAGCUUCAAAAUCAACAGUUGGAACUAAUAUUCCAAAUGGCUAUGAUCAGAAGAUGUUUUCAGAAAACAAAGAAAAUGUUAAGCUCAUGAAAGCUUCAGAGCAAAUUAAUGAAAAUGGUUGUGUAGCUCUGGAAAGGCAUACAGCACUGCUAGAACAGGUUAAACAUUGGAUCCGACAGGAAAUCUACAUGAUAAAUUGUAAUCUGUUUGAUAAAAAACUGAAUGAACUGAAUGAACGCAUUGGAAAGACCCAGUGUAAGAAUAAGCAUGAAGCAAUAGCUGGUGAACUCUUUAUAAAAAUCAGAAGACUUCAAAGACGUAUUAAAACAGUAUUAUCAUCUCAAGGAAAUUGUUUGGAACCAAACACAUUACCCAAUAAUACAGUCUGUGAGGUUACAGAUUCAGAGGCAAUGAAUUCAAGUGUGACCCAAGAGUCAGUUAAAAGCCGAAGUAAAAGAAUGCCUUCUGUGAACCCUGAUUGUUUUAACUCUUCAGAAAAAGCAAGUAGAAGGGUUAAUUUGUCAUCACCUUGUGUUGAGUUUGUUUCUGAAAGUAACACUGAUGAUGUUAUGUUAAUUUCUGUGGAAAAACCUAAUUUGACAACUCCAGUUACAUCAACUCCAACAGAAAUUGGAAAAAACACAUCAAGGAAAUUUAGCAACUCACCUAAUACCGUAAUUGAAGUUGGGGCUGUAGAGAAGAAACUUGAUUUUGUUAUUGACUUGACAAAAGAAGGCCUGCCCAACUACAACAGAGAAAGCCCAGCAUUCACCCUGAAGUCAUCUUCGAAAGCUGUUUUAAGAUCAAAUGAAAUAAUCCCAGUGGCAGAAAAUGGAGCUGAGGGUUUUGAUUCAUUUGAACACCUGCCACCUCUCCCAGAGCCACCACCACCACUCCCUGAGAUGGCAGACAAAAUCCAAGACACUCUUCCUCCCCAAAAGCCUGAGCUGAGAGUGAAGUGGGUGUUGAAGCCGCCAGGCAUUGCCCUGACUUGGAACAUCCCCAAGGUCAACCCCAAGUGUGCUCCUGUGGAGAGCUACCACCUCUUCCUGUGCUAUGAGAACUCAAAUCAUUUGACUUGGAAGAAAAUUGCAGAAAUUAAAGCUUUACCUCUCCCAAUGGCCUGCACUUUAUCUCAGUUUUUAACUUCCAACAAAUAUUAUUUUACUGUUCAGUCGAAAGACAUUUUUGGGCGAUAUGGACCAUUUUGUAAUAUAAAAUCUAUUCUUGGGUUUUCUGAAAACCUUACCUAAAAAGUUCUCAGUAAUUAUAUGUUGUGUACAUGUCAUGUUUUCAUAUUUGAAUGUUUGUUUACAGUGUUUCUCUAACACUAUACAUUGUAACAUUGCGCAGUUCAGUUUGUGACCCCUUUGUAUGGGAACAGUCCUACAUGUAUUGUGUCUUGGAAUUUUGUGUAUUUCUAAUUUGCAUUCAGUAUGUACUUCUGUGAUCUGUGUUCUCACACAAUACCCUAUCGUGGACCCAUGUUGCCACUGUG